AUGCCGCUGGGGAGCGACGCGGGGAACUGGCGAGAGCAGGAGGACGCAAGAGACGGUGACGAUGACGACGACGAGACAUGCGGAGACUUGGAAAAGUGCUGUUACAGGCGAUGCUCAGUUGGAGAGAGCGGGGUGGGGGAGGCUGUUGCGACGACGGGGGACGGAUGGACGGAUGGACGGACGGACUUGAAAGGGGUUGAACGCUUUUUGUACGGGCGAAAUUGA